AUGAAGGACCCCGUCUACAGAACUGCUUCUCCCUAUCCUAACCCAUCCGUUCCCAACCCAAAACAACAAAGCCUCAAAGCUGGACCCGACUUGCGCAAGAUGCUUACCCACAACUCCGUCAACAAGACCGCUCUUCACCCAGGCGGUGUCCAGCCCCAUGUGUCACACACCGAGCUGGAGGAAGAGCUUCAUGAGACUGCCCACAUCGACUAUGACCGCGUCGCCAUUAUUGCCAACCCCUCAGUAGCAGUUCUCUACGAAGAUGCGCUGGUCUACGAGACCGGCACUGCCAUCACAUCCAGCGGCGCCUUGACGGCUUACUCUGGUCAGAAGACCGGCCGCUCGCCCCUCGACAAGCGCAUUGUCGAGGAGCCCUCAUCAAAAGACAACAUCUGGUGGGGCCCCGUGAACAAGCCUAUGUCGCCCGAGGUCUGGAAGAUCAACCGUGAGCGUGCUGUCGACUACCUCAACACCCGUAACCGCAUCUACGUCGUUGACGGUUACGCUGGCUGGGAUGAGAAGUACAGGAUCCGCGUGCGUGUCAUCUGCGCCCGUGCAUACCAUGCUCUCUUCAUGAGGAACAUGCUCAUCCGCCCUCCUCGUGAGGAGCUCGAGCACUUCCACCCCGACUACACCAUCUACAAUGCCGGUGCUUUCCCUGCCAACCGCUUCACUGAGGGUAUGACCUCUGCCACCUCCGUCGCUAUCAACUUCGAGGCCAAGGAGAUGGUUAUUCUCGGUACCGAGUACGCUGGUGAGAUGAAGAAGGGUGUCUUCACCGUUCUCUUCUACGAGAUGCCCAUCAAGCACAACGUCCUCACCCUUCACUCCUCUGCCAAUGAGGGAAAGAACGGCGACGUCACCGUUUUCUUCGGUCUGUCCGGCACUGGCAAGACCACUUUGUCUGCUGACCCCAACCGUGCCCUCAUCGGUGACGACGAGCACUGCUGGAGUGACCGUGGUGUCUUCAACAUUGAGGGUGGAUGCUACGCCAAGACCAUUGGUCUGUCCGCUGAGAAGGAGCCCGAUAUUUUCAACGCCAUCCGAUUUGGCUCCGUCCUCGAGAACGUCGUCUUCGACACCGAGACCCGUGAGGUCGACUACGACAACGCUGCUCUCACCGAGAACACCCGAUGUGCCUACCCCAUCGAGUACAUUCCCAACGCCAAGAUUCCUUGCCUGUCUGAGAACAUGCCUUCCAACAUCAUUCUCCUGACCUGCGAUGCCCGUGGUGUCCUGCCUCCCAUCUCUAAGCUCGACCGCGCCCAGACCAUGUUCCACUUCAUCUCUGGUUACACCUCCAAGAUGGCCGGUACUGAGGACGGUGUCACCGAGCCCCAGGCUACCUUCUCCAGCUGCUUCGCCCAGCCCUUCCUGGCUCUCCACCCCAUGAAGUACGCCAAGAUGCUCGCGGACAAGAUCGACCAGCACAAGGCCAAUGCCUGGCUCCUCAACACCGGUUGGGUCGGUGCCGGCCACGCCCAGGGCGGCAAGCGUUGCCCUCUCAAGUAUACUCGCGCCAUUCUGGAUGCCAUCCACUCCGGUGAGCUCAACAACGUCGAGUACGAGAACUACGGAGUCUUCAACCUCCAGGUCCCUAAGACCUGCCCUGGCGUUCCCGAUGAUCUCCUGAACCCCUCCAAGGCCUGGACUGCCGGUGCCGACAGCUUCCAGAACGAGGUUGUCAAGCUGGGCAAGCUCUUCCGCGAGAACUUCACCAAGUACGAGAGCGAAGCCACCGAGGACGUCGUCAAGGCUGGUCCUCAGGUAUAA